AUGCCGGCGCACAUCAUCGAGGUAGACCUGACGCAGGUCUCCAAGUCGCUCGCAGUGCUUGGCGGCUUCAUCGUCAUCUACGGUCUCCUCUCCUACGUCGUCAAGGAGCGACUCUACCUCUCGGAGCCGCUGCUUGCCGUGACCGCCGGCAUCAUCGUUGGCCCCUACGUGCUCGACUGGGUCGAUCCCACCAGUUGGGGCAAUGCUGAAGAGACCAACUACGUCACCUACACCUUUACGCGCAUCGUCGUGGGCAUUCAGGUGCUUUUCUGCGGAAUAUCGCUGCCGAAAGCGUAUCUGUGGAGAGAGAAGCUCUCGCUCAGCAUUUUGCUGUUUGGCAUCAUGACGACGGCUUGGUUUGCCACAGCGCUGUUGAUCUGGGGCAUCAUUCCCAACUUGACCUUCUUGGAGAGCCUCUGCAUCGCAGCAGCUGUGACGCCUACGGAUCCUGUGCUGGCCAACUCCAUCACCACGGGUCGAUACGCCGAGAAGCACGUUCCUGCUAAUGUGCGCAACAUUAUCGUCGCCGAGUCAGGCGCCAACGACGGUCUCGGAUUUCCGUUCCUCUACCUCGCCAUCUAUCUGCUCGCACGAACCGGUGAAGACAAGGGCUACAGCGUCGGCAAAGAGAUCGGACGAUGGAUGUAUGCCGUCGUCGUCUAUCAGAUUCUUCUCUCGAUCGCCUUUGGCUCGCUCAUCGGCUACCUCGCCCGGAAGUCGCUGAAAUGGGCCGAGUCGAGGUCGUACAUCGACAAAGCCAACUUCUUCGCCUAUGGCCUUGGGCUCGCCUUCUUCACCCUGGGCACCACGGGCUUGUUCGGGUCAGACGAUAUCCUCGCGUGCUUCAUCGCAGGCAACUCGUUCACCUGGGACGACUGGUUCCGCAUCCGAACCGAGGACAACGACUUCCAAGAGAUCAUCGAUACCGUGCUCAACAUGGCCGUGUUCGUCUAUAUUGGAGCCAUCAUCCCGUGGGAUGACUACUCGAGCCCCGACCUCCAGCUGACGGGCUGGCGAGUCGUGGUUCUGGGUAUCACCGUGCUCCUCCUUCGACGUCCGCCGUGGGUCAUCGCCGCUACAAAGGCCAUUCCGGCGCUGCGCGAUUUUAAGGAGUCCUCAUUCGCCGGUUGGUUCGGGCCUAUCGGCGUCGGUGCUGUGUUUUACAUCCAAGUCGCGCUCAAACAGCUUCCGGACGAUGGCACGCGCGAUCGCCUCCGUGCUGUCUACUCGCCCCUGGUGCUGUUCAUGGUCUUCUCCUCCGUUCUCACGCACGGUAUCACCAUUCCGAUCUCCAAACUUGGACCAGGUGUCAUGCGUCGUACUGCGACACUGACGCAGACGCGCUCGAUCACGUUCUCUCGACCCAUGAGCCGCAACAACACCAUCCCCGCGCAACGCGACGGCUCCCCCGAAGAGGGCUCGUCGGACAACUCGGAUGCGGGCCGCCCGCCUGCUUCCUCGCACGGGUCUUCGCGCGGUCACGUCGGGUUCGAUCCCUCCGGCAAGCCGCUCUGGAACCCGCUCGUCGCGGUGGGCGACUGGGCCGUGCACGUGCUCGCCUUUUGGCAAAAGGACAGCUUUUGGCGCAAAGACGUGGCCCCCGGCAAACACAAUGCGCUUGCGCACCACGGGAAAGGCGUGGAGAAGUCCAACAUCUCCGCUCCUAGCGCUCCGGUCAAACAGAGGAGUGUCGAGGAGGACGCACUCAGGCGUGCUAUCAACGCGAUUGGCGAGGUGGGAGCAGAUGGGGAGCAAAUGAAGCCGCGUCUGCCGCCUCCCGCACUGCAGCUCCCCACGAGUGGGAACGGUAUGCCAAGUUCUAUCCUGCAGAACCCUUCGACGGCCAAAGCAGAGGAGAAGCCGGAAAUGGCCAAGUUGACCAGAACUGUCUCUCCCCGUCGCUUUGCCAUUUUGAGGGCGUUCGAUAAGGAGAUGAGCUCCGAGAGGAAGGAGGCGCAGACCGAGGCCAAGGAGGGGUGGGAGAAGGGAGAGGAGCGAGAGAGGAAGAGAUUGGCAGAGAUGUUGGUGAGGAGCGGGUUGGUGAUCGAGAAAGAGAAGCAACAGGGUGGCGAGACGGAAGGGGUCACCGAGCUUCGAGGCGAGGUAGGAGAAGGAGGAGAAGGAGGAGGAGACGCGGAGGGUGCAGCGAGAGAGGUCGAGCAGGAUGCUCAGUCGACCCACUCGUCCCAACGAAGGACGCUCCGCUUCAUUUGA